GCACGCCUCCUCCUCAUCCUUCCCCCCUCUCCGCCUCGGCUCUGACCUUCCUCCUUCCCGCAGCCCCGGCGAUAUCCCAGAGAGACGCGGUGGCGGCGGCAGCGCCAGCCCCCUCCUCCCCCAGGAAGUCGACCGGGCUUGAGGCCGAGCCCCGGACGUCCCGCGUAGCCCCGAGGCGCCGCCGAUGGUGCCCGGCGCUCCUGCCCCCAGUGCAUGAGCAGCUGAGCCUGCUAACCGCAGCUCCGCACUUGUCCAUCCCCCUGCGGCUACACCAUGUCCGGCUCCUACGAUGAGGCCUCACUGGCUCCAGAGGAGACCACCGACAGCUUCUGGGAGGUGGGGAACUACAAGCGGACGGUGAAGCGCAUCGAUGACGGCCACCGUCUAUGCAACGACCUGAUGAACUGCGUGCAGGAGCGCGCCAAGAUCGAGAAGGCGUACGGGCAGCAGCUCACGGACUGGGCCAAGCGUUGGCGCCAGCUCAUCGAGAAAGGCCCACAGUAUGGCAGCCUGGAGCGGGCCUGGGGUGCCAUAAUGACGGAGGCAGACAAGGUGAGCGAGCUGCACCAGGAGGUGAAGAACAACCUGCUGAAUGAAGACCUGGAGAAGGUGAAGAACUGGCAGAAGGACGCCUAUCACAAGCAGAUAAUGGGUGGCUUCAAGGAGACGAAGGAGGCUGAAGAUGGCUUCCGCAAGGCCCAGAAGCCUUGGGCCAAGAAGAUGAAAGAGCUGGAGGCAGCCAAGAAGGCCUACCAUUUGGCUUGCAAAGAGGAGAAGCUGGCCAUGACACGGGAGAUGAACAGCAAGACGGAGCAAUCGGUCACACCUGAGCAACAAAAGAAGCUGCAGGACAAAGUGGACAAGUGCAAGCAGGAUGUGCAGAAGACACAGGAGAAGUACGAGAAAGUGCUGGAAGAUGUGGGCAAGACCACACCCCAGUACAUGGAGAACAUGGAGCAGGUGUUUGAGCAGUGCCAGCAAUUCGAGGAAAAGCGGCUGGUCUUCCUCAAGGAGGUGCUGCUGGACAUCAAACGGCACCUCAACCUGGCUGAGAACAGCAGCUACAUCCAUGUGUACCGUGAGCUGGAGCAGGCCAUCCGGGGGGCUGACGCCCAGGAAGACCUCAGAUGGUUCCGCAGCACCAGUGGCCCGGGCAUGCCCAUGAACUGGCCCCAGUUUGAGGAGUGGAACCCAGACCUCCCUCACACCACCACCAAGAAGGAGAGACAGUCCAAGAAGGCAGAGGGAGUGGUGCUGACCAAUGCCACUGGGGCAGUAGAGUCCACAUCCCAGGCUGGGGACCGCGGCAGUGUUAGCAGCUACGACAGAGGCCAACCCUACGCCACCGAGUGGUCAGACGACGAGAGUGGGAACCCCUUUGGGGGCAGUGAGGCCAACGGGGGUGCCAACCCCUUUGAGGACGACUCCAAGGGAGUGCGAGUGCGGGCACUCUACGACUAUGACGGCCAGGAGCAGGACGAGCUCAGCUUUAAGGCCGGAGACGAACUCACGAAGCUGGGCGAAGAGGAUGAACAGGGCUGGUGCCGUGGGCGGCUGGACAGCGGGCAGCUGGGCCUCUACCCUGCCAACUACGUGGAGGCUAUCUAGAGGCCCUCCCUCCAUACUCCCCUCACUCCUCCCCACUGCCUCCCCUCCUCUCCCACUCUCAUCUUCUUCCCCUCGCCAUAGAGUUCCAGACAUAUUUUCCGAUCAAGCUUUUAUUUUUUUAAAAGUCAAAACAGAACAAAACAAAGUAUACAGAGACAGAGCAUUUGCAGGGCCACCUGGAGGCUGCGGUGCUGGGGCUUGGGAUGAUGGUCCCAGGGUAGGUAACAGGCCCAACAUCACAACAUCUGCUCUUUAGGUUCCACCAAAGAGACUCCUGAGCCCUGAGAGAUGUCUCCUGACCCUUCCACCCUGCCUCACUCCCUCCGUCCCACUCCACUCCAGGCUGCCGGCACCUGUCCCAUUCCCUGGCCUGGUUUCCUAACCUUUUCUUCCUCCCCUGCCCUGCUUCCCUUCCUCCACCACCCUGCUGUCAAAGGCCUCCUCUCCAGACCCCAGGAAGGGAGGCUUCCCCAUCUUUAGUCUUCCACUCUAACCUGGGGAGCAUCCUUCUACUCCUAACUGCGUCCCUUGGGCCCAGUGGGACCUCCUCCCCGCUGGAGGUUUCCAGGGGUCCCCCACACAUGGAAGAGGGGUGAGCUGGAGGAAGUCAUGGUGUCCCUGGGGUACAGGAGGGUGAAUGAAGGGCAUGCAGGCUCUCAGCCCGGGUUGUGCCAGCCCUCCCAGCCCCAGGCCCAUCAGAGGGACCAAGAUGCUGUUACCCAGGCCCUUCUUUUCAGCCAUCAGCACUUUGAGCAUCGGCUCUUCAGCAGAUCCAAACCCCCUCAGCAACUUGCAGAGGACCUGUCCCCUCUCAUAAGUCCCCUGGCCUAGGGUGGGGACCCCCAAACUGAUGGCAAAGCCAGCAACAGUAGCAGCCUCCUCCUAUUUGCUGGGGAGCAGGUCAUCUUGUCCCCCUGGCCUCCCACGCUCCCUCCAUGUCCAUCCAAAAACCAUAAAAUCACUGGGUUCCACAUCAGCCUCCAUGAGGCCAAGCCUUGUACCUGCAAAGCUCUUGGCCUAACCAUCUCUCCUCUUCUCUGACCUGCCUGGGGAGCCUGCAAGGGCCCCAUGGGUGCCUCCAGCCUGAGACAUCAGGGGAGAACCUGCAGCUGAGUUUGGCAGAAAGGAGGAACCCUGGCCCUCAAGAGGAAGAUAGUCACAUGUCUUUCUUCCUUGUCCCCACGGCCCCUGGAACAACAUUCCCCCUGCUGGCAGCCCUUCCAUCUCUCCAAGCCUGGGUCAGAGUGAAAGGACCUUUGGGGGUGGGUGGAAGCGAAGGGCCCACCUGCUGGUUGGUGAGCAGUAGUGCCGGAGUGCUAGGUACCAGCCUCUCCCACACGAGAGGGUUACGGGGUCUUGGGAAGCAGACCAGGGUUGGACAAAACUCCAUGAGGGUGGGGAGCUGGAAGAAAAGUCUCUUGGGGACCUCUGGGGCAAGGAGCUGAGAAGUCCUGCCGCACCAGGUGAGACUUGCUUACAGUGGAUGCCACUUCUAGGCCUUUGGACCGCAGAUGCCCUCCUUCCUCCUGCACAUCUGGCCUCCUAGGCCUCCAGGUAAAGAGAGAGAGCCAGCCCCGCCCUGUUCCCCCUCAGUCCUCCUUUGCUCUUGCUGCUUCUCCCAACAGCCCACUGUUAGGAGGUAGUAGACCCCAGCCUCAAGGUUCUGACCUUCUCCGUGUGGGCACGGAGAGUCCUGACACUCUGGCAGGGGCCUGAGCUGGGGCAGGCCUCCCUCAGGGCCAGGGGCGAUGGCACCCCAGGGACAGGCAGACCUCCUUCCUGCUGCCAGCACCCCCUUCCUUAUCACUGUCUGGUCUCUGGGCCUUGGCUGCAGCCUGAGAUGUGUCCUGGGCUCCUCAGAGCCUGAAGCAAGCUUUUGGAAGCCUGAGAUGUGUCCUGGGCUCCUCAGAGCCUGAAGCAAGCUUUUGGAAGCCUGCAGUCCUCCCAGCUCCAGCGCAGAAGUCUCUCCAGCCUUUCCCCAGGCAGGAGCUGGGGUAGGGGGCCUCUGUCCCUCAUCACUUACCUUGGAAAGGUGGGAAGCUGGCAAUCUGCAUCUUGGGGCCUGGGCUCCCCCUCUCUGUGCCAGCGGCUUCCCAGCACCUGGGGAGGGGCUGCAGCCCCAGCUGGACUCCAGCCUGUCCCUCUUAGCACUCUAGCUGCCCACUCCAGGACAGGGACUCGAAACCCCCUCCAUCCUGAGCAGCCACCUCCAGGGCCCUGUUUGGGAUCACUCUCUCACUCUCCAGGCUCUUUAGGGCCCCAGAGCAGGAGGGUCUCCUACCUGGAAGUCCCCCUGAGCUCCAGGGCCCAGCCCUACCUGCCAGUGCUGGUGUCAGGACACUCAACACCGAGGGUGGGGGCCGCGCCCCUUGCCAUGCCCACGGCCUCCUCCUGUAGCCCCUGCCCGCACCCUCGAUGCUGCACGGGCCCGCCCUGGCGGGGCUCGGCGAGUAAUGUGUUUUGUCCCGAGUUAACCACCAUUCUGCGGCCUGGUUCUGUAAGGAACCGGGGCUGCCCCACCACCCGCCGUCUGCCGCCCUAGGCGUCCUGACCCCAUUAGUUCCGACACUUGUGAAACUCCGAGAAGUGCUGUGGUCUCAGCAAUGCACCUGUUUUGUACAUGAUUGUGUAAUUUAAAGGUAUAUAAAUACAAAUAUAUAUAUAUAUCAGUUGUGAUUGUAUGACUGCGGAUAAAAUCCAGAAUUGUGUCAA